ACCGGAUUCUUGUGAUAAGAAAGUGACAUUAGACCCAUCACUUCCUCAAUAAUAGAUCAAAGUGAAAGUGUAACAGAUACGAAUAAAAUAAAAAUCAUCAAUUAAAAUUAUUUUAUAUCAGCAUCAUAAUGUUGACAGAUAUUUACAACACAACAUAUAAAUUCAUUGAAUUGUGUAAUUUCAAUAUAUUAAACUUUAUAUUUAUUGGCUUUACCGUAGUGAUUGUAAUUUUCGGUAGCCUCAUUAAUAUUGUCGAGACACUACUUCCAGAUUGUCUGCGACAAUCAUUCCGCUAUGGCAAGCAUUGUCACAAAGGACCUGCUAAUGCGUUAAUUAGUAUGACAGAAAUACCAAAAAGUUGGUUUAAACAUUUCUACAUAUUUUCUUUUACGUGGUCUCUUUUGGCGCUUUCUCUGUUACUAAAGGGAUUUAUCAUGAACGCUACAGCCCCAGAGUUAGUGCUUGAAUUUUUAGAUUUUGUUGCUGGUGGCCAAGCAAAUAGAAAUGUUCAAGUAAAUUCCACUUCCGCUUUAGUUGCUAGCGUUCUAUUGACAAUUCAAUGUGCAAGACGUUUUUAUGAAACAAAUUUUGUGCAAAUAUUCUCCAAAAAUAGUAAAAUCAAUUGGAGUCAUUAUUUAGUGGGCCACCUUCAUUAUUUUGGUGCAAUAUUAGCAUUAUUAAGUAAUACUGAAGGAUUUGUGAGAGGAACACUACCGUCAGCUUUCUCUUUAAAGCACAUAACACUCAUACAAUGUCUCUGCAUAUUCAUUUUCCACUUUAGCUGGACACAACAGUAUAAGUCUAACAUGAUACUUGUUAAUUUACGCAAGGAUGCUAAGAGUGGAGAAGUUAAAACGGAAAAUCAUUUACUACCCACCGGUGGGUUCUUCAACAUAAUAUCAUCUCCCCAUAUGUUCUUCGAAGUUGUGAUGUAUUUGGCAAUUUUGGGUCUAUUGCAUACAAGUACUACUUGGUUACUCGUAGUUAUUUGGGUAUUUGUUAACCAGUUGGCGAAUGCUCUCCUUACACACAAAUGGUACAAGGAAAAUUUUAAAAAUUAUCCAAAAAAUAGAAAAGCACUUAUUCCUUUUAUUUUAUAAACUUUUAUAAGCUCAUUUUUCUAAAUAUACCAAAAUUUUAGUGAGUACUUUAUAUAAUUUUUUUAUAUUAAAUAAAACAUAUAUAAAAAUUGA